AACCGUCAAAAAACUUUAUUGAUUCGACACGCGAGGUGGAAGUGAGCGUUGUGAUCUUUAAGGAGAACGUGAGGCUGCUGUUAUGGCGGACCCGGCUGCACAAACCUCCGCGCAGCCCCGGCUUCAUCAAGCCCAGACUAGCGGGUCGGCAGGUUCCACCUCGAAUCCCGUAGCCGGGAGCAGUGACCCAGCCCGACCGGGCCUGAGUCAACAACAGUGGUCCAGCCAGAAGAAAGCGCAAGUCCGUGCGUUUCCUAGGGCGAAGAAGCUGGAGAAACUCGGAGUGUUUUCUUCCUGCAAGGCUAAUGAUUCUUGCAAGUGCAAUGGGUGGAAGAACCCUAAUCCACCCACCGCCGCUCGUAUGGAGCUCCAGCAGAAUGCGGCCAGUCUGACAGAGGUCUGUCGAAGCUGUGGCCACUCUUUGGCGGAACACGUGUCUCAUCUAGAGAACGUGUCUGAAGAGGAGAUCAACAGGUUGUUGGGGAUGGUGGUGGACGUGGAGAAUCUUUUCAUGUCCGUUCAUAAAGAAGAAGACACGGACACCAAGCAAGUCUACUUUUAUUUGUUUAAGUUGCUGAGGAAGUGUAUCCUGCAGAUGGGGAAGCCAGUGGUAGAAGGAUCUCUUGGUAGUCCUCCUUUUGAAAAACCCAACAUAGAACAGGGGGUGUUGAACUUUGUUCAGUAUAAAUUUAGUCAUUUGGCUCCUAAAGAGAGACAGACUAUGUAUGAGCUCAGUAAGAUGUUUCUGCUCUGUCUGAACUACUGGAAGCUGGAGACGCCGUCACAGUUCCGUCAGAGAGCUCAGAAAGAGGAUGCCGCCGCUUACAAAGUGGAUUACACCAGGUGGCUGUGUUACUGUCAUGUUCCUCAGAGUAAUGACAGUUUGCCGCGGUAUGAGACGUGUCAGGUGUUCGGACGUAGUCUGCUCAAGUCCAUCUUCACCAUCACAAGAAGACAGUUACUGGAGAAAUUCAGAGUGGAGAAAGACAAGCUGCCACCAGAGAAGCGCACCCUGAUCCUCACACACUUCCCCAAGUUUCUCUCUAUGUUGGAAGAAGAGAUCUAUGGGGAGAAUUCACCUAUUUGGGAGGCUGAUUUCACCAUGCCGGCAUCAGAGGGGACGCAGCUGGGCCAUCAGACUGUGCUCAGUCCUGUGGCAGUGUCUGGUUCUCCUCUCAGUAAGUGCACCAGUGGUUCUGCUCUUGCUGGGUCUGGUUUGGACUCGACCUCCUCUGAACCCAUAACAGGAGAGAAGCGCAAGCUUCCAGAAGCUUUGACUCUGGAGGAUGCCAAGCGGAUCCGAGUGAUGGGCGACAUUCCCAUGGAGCUGGUCAAUGAAGUCAUGAAGACCAUAACAGACCCCGCUGCAAUGCUGGGACCAGAGACCAGUCUUUUGUCAGCCAACGCAGCUCGUGAUGAGACGGCCCGUCUGGAGGAGAGGCGAGGCAUCAUUGAGUUCCAUGUCAUUGGUAACUCUCUCUCUCAGAAGUCCAAUAAGAAGAUUCUUAUGUGGCUCGUGGGCCUUCAGAAUGUUUUCUCACACCAACUUCCCCGCAUGCCCAAAGAGUACAUCACGCGACUUGUAUUUGACCCAAAGCACAAGACUUUGGCUCUGAUUAAAGAUGGCCGUGUGAUCGGAGGCGUCUGCUUCAGGAUGUUCCCCACUCAGGGAUUCACAGAGAUUGUCUUCUGCGCGGUCACUUCAAAUGAGCAGGUCAAGGGCUAUGGCACACACUUGAUGAAUCAUCUUAAGGAGUAUCACAUUAAACAUGGCAUCCUGUACUUUCUCACCUAUGCUGAUGAAUACGCCAUCGGUUACUUCAAGAAACAGGGAUUCUCCAAAGACAUCAAAGUGCCGAAGACCCGUUACCUCGGUUACAUCAAAGACUACGAGGGAGCCACGCUGAUGGAGUGCGAGCUCAAUCCCAGAAUUCCCUACACAGAACUCUCUCACAUCAUAAAGAGGCAGAAAGAAAUCAUCAAGAAACUAAUUGAGAGGAAACAGAAUCAAAUCAGGAAGGUUUAUCCGGGACUCACCUGCUUUAAAGAAGGAGUGCGACAGAUUCCUGUGGAAAGUAUUCCUGGCAUCAGAGAGACUGGUUGGAAACCCAGUGCUAAGGAGAAAAGUAAAGAACUGAAAGAUCCAGACCUUCUCUACAAUAUGCUGAAGAAUCUACUUGCACAGAUUAAAACACAUCCUGAUGCAUGGCCCUUCAUGGAGCCUGUGAAGAAAUCUGAAGCCCCCGACUAUUACGAGGUCAUUCGCUUUCCCAUUGACCUGAAAACCAUGACUGAGCGUCUAAAGAACCGAUAUUAUGUGACGAAAAAGCUGUUUAUCGCCGACCUGCAGAGAGUGAUCACAAACUGCAGAGAGUACAACCCUCCAGACAGCGAGUACUGCAAGUGUGCCAACACGCUGGAGAAAUUUUUCUACUUCAAACUGAAGGAAGCGGGGCUUAUUGAGAAGUGACAGGCCUCCGAUCCAACAAUAAUGGACCAGUUAGGAACAGUAGAGAAUUUUACACACGCACGGACACGCUUAUAAACAAUUUUUCACACCUUUACAAAUCCAAACCUGUUCAAAUGUGCUGCUUUCAAUUUCGGUUUCCUUUUUAAUCGUUGAUGUUCUUUCCCUACAGUAACGUUUUAAAACUCAAGGUUACGUUAUCAUGUGUGGUGGUUGCAGUGCCAAUGCUUUGAGGGAAAAUGGAAACUGAAAAUGUGUUCGAUGUGGGUGUUACACUGAGGAAGAAGUGACUGUAGCCAGUUUUCCUCAAAAACAAAUGACUCAUGCACAUCACGAGUUUUGUAUGGAUUCCUUGCAUAACAGGUUUCGCUUCGCACAACUCUCCUAACCUGAGAUGCUGCAGCCAAAAACGGACGAGAUUUGGCUUUUGAUGAUGUCACAGUUGACAUGUCACUGUGAUGCCACCAUUCUCAGCCAAAGCUCUUUAUUCGAAAAGCCGGUUUGUCAUCAUACAGGAUGUGCCUAUUCAAUACAUGUCUGAAAACAUGAGGACAAUAUUUAGUUAAACCUUAAGUUUCUUUCAUCGUUGAAGUGGAAGCUCCAGCUUUUUUGGGGGAGAAUGACAAAAUGUUUCUUGCUGAAGUGUUUUAUAGCUCAUUCCGUGACGGAUGGCUUUUAAGUAAAAUUUGUACUUUAUUCCCCUUGGCAGUUACUUCUGUCUGCCAGUUUGUAAGUGACGUUGAUGAAGUGUUCAUCUUUGUUUGCAAAACAUAUUUUUCUUAUUUGAGAAUUUGCUGUGUCUUGACCGCAGGCGUAAACAUCCGUUGAUGUUUUCUGUGGUUGUGAAUUUAUAAAGGUGUUUUUCUUAGAUUUAAAAUUCAGUGUCAUUUAUGUAACCAGCGAACAUCCCACCUGGGACCAACAAACUCGUUCCAAUUCACUUAAAGCUUUCUCAGGCAUUAUGAAGCAAAGUCACGCAAUUCAAUAUUGAUUUACCCACAAUCCAUAAUCACGGUAAUAUUACAGACAUAUAUACAGUAUCUGCUACUAUACCUGACAUACUCAGAGGGGACAAUUACACAAACCUUUAUGUUGAACUGUAGUAUUUUCCAGUACUGCUGUUCAUGCAGAUGACCGCCAGUUUUGUUUUGGCCACAUACUUGGACCAAGACUUGGAGAAACUGCUACAAUGUUGUAUUGUUGUACUAUCAGGGUUCUUGAUUUUUGGUUGCUUUGUUUCAUGUUCACUGUAUACUGUGGGACACUGAAACCCCUCAUUUGGGGACAGGCAGGCGUGCGUGAGUUAAUGUGGUUACAUAAAUGCAUGUAAACUACUUUGUUUCUAUAGUUCCGUUUUUUUUUUUUUGGAAAUAAACGUUUUUAUUUAUAUCUG